UUUGUAGUCGGUUUUUGCAGAUGAUUUGGUAGAGGAUUUCCUCCAUCGCCAUCUUCUGCUUUCAGUAUAAGACUAUUUUUUAAGAGUAGGAGUCUAACGGAGUCAGUCCUGACUGUAAAAACUCUUAAAUCCCGGAUGUCUCGGUUCUGCUUUGGCUUGUGCCUUGAUUAAGUUGCACUGUUAUUUUCCAGUCGAGUUUAAAUUUCUGAUUAACAUCUGAAUAUGAAACGAUUUCUGUCUCAAACUGUGAGCAGGCUUGUCUACAGUACAGUGCUGCUAAGUGUGUAUUCAGGGGAAAAUAACUACUGCAUCCUGAAACCGUUGCUAGAAGCGGAAAUGACGUAGACUUCUUUGCAUAUUAAAUAACUUCUUUAUUAUAGAAAUCAUCUUUCGUAAUGGCACCAGAAACUAACUAUUUACAUGUUUGCAAACUAUCGUACUUUCUAUUUAUUUGUUCUAAUUUCUAAUCAUUUCAAAAAGAAGCAAUAAUAUUGAUAGCUGGGGAAAGGGACACGAAGGAAAAGGUUACAGAUGGAAUAACUCACUUGUAUUACUUGUAUGUUUAGCUAAGAUGGGAGUUCUUUACAAACAUUUGGUGAACAUAGGUAGUUAGGGCUGCACGAUGAAUCAUGUUUUCGUGAUUUCUUCCUCCCAUGAUUAAUUAAUGAAUUAAUUAAGCAUAAUCGUCUACAAUAUUGACGUAUUAGCAAGCAGAAAACAUCAAUCCGGAAAGGGUUGUGAAUUAUUCAUCCUUCUUACGGGCUGAAUCACAAGUCGUUUAUUUGCCUCGAGUGAACUGUCGCGCUCUCUUUGUUGCUCUGCCUGAGCUGUCUGUGAAAUAUGGACUGGAAAUAGAAAGAGAAAUUUGCGCUGUUGAAUAUUUUGCUGCCCCAAACCGACUUGUGGUCAAGCAGAACCGUGGAGCUGUACCUGAGCCUCACUGUUCAUUAUAUUGAACGAGUUGGAAAUUUUACUGUAUGUUACUGGAAAUUACUUACUGUAUUUCUGUUCUAACACGUUUUAUUGACUUGGCUGUAAAAAAAAAAAAAAAAGAAUAUUAAAAAAAAAUAAGUUCAAUAAAUAUGCUGAAGUGAAAUUUUAAAAAGUUGGUAAUUCUCACAAUAAUCGUGACUAAAAUUGAGCUAAAAUAAUCGUGACGAUCAUUUUAGUCGUCAUUGUGCAGGCGGUCAUUGAUUGGUCGUUGGGAAUAACGCUGAGCAGUGAUUGGUUGAGAACAUCGGCUCGUACAAGCACAUCUCGGACAAGCAUUCCACAUUGGGUAUCACUUUUUCUAGAAGAUCCACACUAAAUAGAGCGUGCACAUUUCUGACAGUGUUCACUGGCUCCCAGAGUGGAUGAUUCAGCAGGAGAAGCCCCAGCUGCCUUCCACCAUGCCGGUGGUGUGGCCUACGCUUCUCGACCUCAGCCGAGAUGACUGUAAACGAAUUCUGCGCAAGCUUGAGCUGGAGGCAUAUGCCGGAGUGAUCAGUGCGCUUCGUGCCCAGGGUGAUCUCACCAAGGACAAGAAAGACCUGCUUGGAGAACUUACCAAAGUAUUAAGCAUCUCAACUGAGCGCCAUCGUGCAGAGGUGCGGCGUGCAGUGAAUGACGAGCGUCUCACUACCAUCGCAUACCACAUGUCUGGGCCGAACAGCUCCUCAGAGUGGUCUAUUGAAGGGCGUAGGCUGGUCCCCCUGAUGCCCAGGCUGGUGCCUCAGACGGCAUUUACAGUGACAGCCAAUGCGGUAGCCAGUGCCACGGCACAUCAGAAUUCUUCUCUGCUCCUUCCUGCAGAGACUGGCAACAAAGAAGUGGUAGUGUGUUACUCAUAUACCAGCACUACAGCCACACCCCCUAGUGUCUCCGCCCCCAGCAUCAGUGCAGCAGCUGCAGUCAAGUCGCCUCGGCCUACGAGUCCCGCCUCCAAUGUGGUAGUGCUGCCCAGCGGGAGCACUGUGUAUGUGAAGAGCGUAAGUUGCUCUGAUGAGGAUGAAAAGCCUCGUAAACGCCGGCGUACCAACUCCUCAGGCUCUUCACCUGUUCUGCUAAAGGAGGUGCCUAAAGCGACCACACCCGCCUCAAAGAGCAUCACGGUGCCGGUGAGCGGCAGCCCGAAGAUGAGCAACCUCAUGCAGAGCAUUGCAAAUUCGCUACCGCCACACAUGUCUCCAGUAAAAAUCACCUUCACCAAGCCAAGCACACAGGCCACUAACUCCACCACCCAGAAGGUCAUUAUUGUUACGACCUCUGCAAGCUCCAGCUUUGUUCCCAAUAUCCUCUCCAAGUCUCAUAACUAUGCAGCUGUGUCGAAACUGGUGUCCAGCUCUGCAGUCACAUCAUCUGGUCAGAAGCAGACCAUGGUGAUUUCAGCAGGCAGCACCACUGCCCCUAGCCCUGUCGCCGUGACAACUGUGGUGUCCUCCACUCCUACGGUGGUCAUGUCCACUGUGGCUCAAACUGGCUCCACAGCAGCAGUGAAGGUGGCCACAGCGAGAAUGCCCUCCCCCAAAGCUCUGGUGGGUUCUCCCUCUCAGAUCCUCCAGUUCCCCAAGCAGCAACAGCAGCAGCCGCAACAGUCAAUUUCACCCAAAGGCCUUUCUGCGUCUCCUCUCUCUUCCUCCCCUCAAACCACCAGUACGGUGUCGGCCUCCAAACCGACCAUACAGAUCAAACAAGAGUCAGGUGUAAAGAUCAUCACCCAGCAGAUGCAGCCUAGUAAGAUUUUGCCGAAGCCCUCGAAUGCAGCCAUGCCGAGUAGCAGCUCUGGUCCCAUCAUGGUGGUGAGCAGCAAUGGCGCCAUCAUGACCACAAAACUGGUCUCCACCCCUACAGGGACCCAGGCUACGUACACCCGGCCCACAGUAACUCCAUCCAUCGGAGCUCGAAUGGCCACGACACCUGCUGGGACUACAUACGUCAAAACCACCAGCGGCAGCAUUAUAACAGUGGUUCCCAAGUCUCUUGCUACACUGGGCGGGAAGAUCAUCAGCACCAACAUAGUGUCCGGCACCACCACAAAGAUCACCACCAUUCCCAUGACCUCCAAACCCAAUGUCAUCGUGGUGCAGAAAACCACUGGGAAAGGAACCACCAUCCAGGGCUUACCUGGGAAGAAUGUGGUCACCACACUGUUAAACGCUGGGGGGGAGAAAGCUCUGCAGGCUGUGCCGGGAGCAAAGCCUGCCAUCAUCACGGCAUCUCGGCCCAUCACUAAGAUGAUCGUAACGCAGCCAAAGAGUCUCGGUUCAGCUGUGCAGCCGUCUACCACCACCAAGCUCAUCCCCACCAAGAUUGUUUAUGGCCAGCAGGGCAAGACCCAGGUGCUGAUAAAGCCGAAACCAAUGGCGUUCCAGGCGACAGUAGUGAGUGAACAGGCAAGGCAGCUGGUGAGCGAGACACUGCAGCAGGUGACCCGUGGUACUGAGGCAGGUGUAAUACCAGGCUCCAGCCAGGAGGGGGCACUCAAGGAUGACUCUCCAUCGUACAUGGCGAGCAGCCCAACAUCCUCAGACAAUACUCAUGACACCCAGUCAGUCGUGCAUGUCAUCAGCUCCAGAGGCCAGGAUUGGACAGAACAAGAAGUCUCUGUGGAAGCAAGUCCCACCAUCAUUUUCCAGGACAUGAGUGGAGAGGCCCAGUCUGCUACGUCUACCAUUAAAGCCCUGCUGGAGCUGCAGCAGACAACAGCGAAGGAAAAGGCAGAGGCCAAGCCUCGGCAGCACACCAUCGAUCUGAGUCAGAUGGCUGUGCCAAUACAGAUGCCCACAGAGAGGAGGCAGUCACCUGAACCCUCAGGCCAGGCUGCAGGCGAGCCCGAGACCCCAGCAGAGGCCACUGGUAAAGCAGGGAAGGUUGCAGCAGGAGGUGAAGUGUCUACAUCCUGCAGUCAGUCAUCAGCUCUCUCUUCCACAGUGAAAAGCUCCAGCACGGCUCCAUCCACCAGCACCAGUUCAGUCACUGUUCAGGCAGGUGCUGGCAAGCCCCUGGAGGAGCAGGCCGUAGUGGAGGAGGGAGAAUUGGAAGGUGACACAUUGGACCCUCAAACUGGACUGUUCUACAGAUCAGUAAAUACCUCUGCCCCGGCCCCGCCCCCUCCUCCUCCCCCUCUACAGCAGCACUGCAUCCCCACACACACCAUUAACAAGCCCCUGGUACUCUCCAUAUCCACGCCUACCAAGUCAACUCUCAGCCAGACUGAGGCCUCCAAAAUCAGUCCCAGUGCCAGACCUCCAGCUCCAGCAGUGACUACACGGGCAGAUAAACCCUCUGUCUCUCCUGCUCCCUCUCUUUCGGCUCCCUCUGGAUCUGGAGCCCAGCACACACCCCCCACUAAAGCUGUCCAUACUCCACAGCUGCCCCGACUACAGCAGGCACCAAGCUCACAUAACCGACCAAAAACACACACACAGCUCUCCCAGCCCCCACCACUGCAGGCCCACCAUCCCGUGGCCUCAGAUAAAGCGUCCAGUAGCAGCAGCAGCAGCCAGGUGCAGCAGCCAAUCAUAACACAAGGAGCAGCAGUCACUAAAAUCACUUUUGGGGCUCCUCCCGUGUCCAGCAGCAGCGGCGAAGCUGCGGUGAAGCUGCAGGCCGAGUCCAGCUCGGAGAAGCCCAACGUCUCUGACAUCCUGAAGAUCUCCAUGAUGGAGGCGGAGAUCGAACCAGGCACAGAGGCCAUGGUGGUGGACUCAUCCAGUGACUGCAGCACCUUCAGCAAAGCUGCCUCUACAUCUCCGCUCAUCAGCAGCUCCAAACACACACACUCGCACACACAUGCCACCUUUGGACGCAUCCAGAAGAGCAAAGAAUCAGACAUUAUACAGGUGAUUCCUCAGUACUCCAUCAUGCCUGACUCGAGCCAGUCAAACGUUGUGGUGGAGCCAAGCGGCUUUCUGGAGAUCACAGACUACACCAGCCAGCGGCUAGACGAUGAGGCCACUCUGGACCAGGAAGUGGAUAGCAGUAAUGAUGAGGGUGCAGCGCCUAGCCCCAUGGAGACCUGUGCUGACCAAUCACAAUAAACAAAGGCUCUUGUUAAACAUGCCAGCAUUCACAACACCAUGAACUCUGCUGUGCAGGAGUAAGAGCGAAUCUGCCUUGACUGGUGACAUUGUAGGACAUUUCCUGAAGGGAAUUUAUUUUAAGAAAUCUUCCUUAAAAGAACCGUUCAGUAUCUUAAGGUUGGACAACAAUUAGUUAUUGUUCACAACUAUUUCUUCUCAACAUUUUUUUUUCCAUUACAGGACAGCAUUCCACCCUGAACUGAGAUUCCUAUUUCCUACUUUCCGAAUGGAGAGGUUCGGGAUAUUUUGGUUUUGUUUUCUUAAUACCCUGUAUUAUUAUAACAGGAUCUCCAAGGCAGGCAAGGUGGAAGAGUGUUUAUCGGCACACCCUACCUUCUCAUUUUGUGUAUGUGUGCUGGAUAUGAUACUGUAGAUUUAAAGCGUAUGAGCUCUUGGUUUAGAACUGUUUCUGUUCAAUUGUUAAGACUAGAAUUUUGAAUUGUUUCAAUUUCAUGCCGUUUUUGUCUGGAUGGGGCGUGUGCGCUUAGUGUAAAUAAUGUUACAAUGCUUACACAGGUAGUUGUGGAAGAUUCUUAUUGUCAUGUUGCACUUGUAAAUUGACAUUUUUAGCCAAGUUCCUAAAGCAAAAACUACCCCCAUUCACUCAUGCUUUGCUGUCUUCAAAUGUACAAUUUAUCAUUUUAAUAGAGUAAACUUCAAUUCAUAAUUCUCACCAAAAUCUUUUCUGUGGUCUUAUUUUAUCCUUAAUUCUUUAUUGGAGUUUGUCUUUUUAAUCACUUUAUUUCAACAGGUAAAUGUUGUCGUUAUCAUCAUAAUAACGCUUGUUGAAUAGCCGUACUUGAUCGACAGGUUAGGAGCACCUGUCUCAUAUUUGAAUGUGGAAAGUACAAAUUUCCCUCUUAAUCAGCUGAUAGCAUUGUGUUCUCUAAUGGCAGCACUGGGCUGGAGGUGUGUGAGGGAUUACGUGUUAUCAGGAUGGGCUUCUUGGUGGAUUCCAGCGUUUGUAAUGGUUACAUGUAGGGAAGCUUUCAAAGAUUACUGCCAUUAUUUAUGGUCCAUGAGCUGUGUAAAGCAGAGGCGGCAACUGGCCUUUGUGGAAAUUUAGAGCGCGUCACUAAAAGCCCCUUUUAGACUCUUAUUUGCACACAGUUGCUCUCCCACUGCAACUCAUUUUCUGUUUCUCUGUCACUCUAAUUCCUUAGUGCCAUAUUUCCAUUAAUUUCCAUGUUUUGCACAGGAGUUGGGACUUUCCGAGCGUGUUUUCUCGAGUGCUGCAGGGAGCCACAGUGUCCACCUUUGGGUAUAAUUAUAGUGUCAGAGUCAUAACAAUUAACUUAACUGCUUUUCUAUGUCUGUCCUUUUCUUGGAACACCACACAAUGUGUUUCUAAUGUUGCAUGUAGACACCUCAAUCUAAAGAUAACCUUUAGUGUAAUAAACUCUCUACAUUUUGAAGGUUUUUGAAUAGACUUCAGCUUUUUUUUCCUUCUCCCUCAAGCUUCCUGUUUGUCUUCCUUCUUUGUGUCGCAUCAUCUGACUCAAUAUGAUGUCCUUUUUGUGUAUUUAUGAAAAACAAGUGUUUUUUUUAAAAAAAAAAAAC